AUAUGAGGAAUCACAACAAAGUUCAGUGCAUAUGCUAUCAUAUCUCAUUUAUUUUUAUUUAUUUACAUGUAUAAAUUAUAAGUUAGUUUGAAUAGAUAGUCUCAACUGGACUGCAAGCGGCGCUGGACAGUCAGUCUCCUUCCCACCGCGAGGACCUGCAUUGGGACAGUCUAGGUGUCUAGGUAGGCAACUCCCUAGAUUUUGAGACGCAGCCCUCGCUCGUAUUCAUUCAGUGAGGUUUCCCCCCCUCAGGAAUACGACAAAGGCUGCAAGUCUACAUCGAAACGAGGCAUGGUCUAGCGUAAAGAGCUGCAGCCCAUCCACCACAUCCAGAUCCAGCACAGCAGAGCACAUGAUUCUCUCCUCCUGUUCUUAAAACCAUCAUAGCAUCCUCUGGAAGAGAUGACAAGCCAUUAGAUGUGUGCUUUCAUAUCGACUGUGCUCAUCGGAUACACGCGCACAAAGAUAUACUACAGCUCCAGGUGUUGACAUGGAGCUGGAGCAUUUCGACGAACGGGACAAAGCACAAAGAUACAGCCGUGGGGGUUCACGUGCGAACGGCCUGCCGAGCCCCACGCACAGUGCACACUGCAGCCUGUACCGAACCCGAACCUUACAGGCUCUGAGCUCCGAGAAGAAAGCCAAGAGGGUCCGGUUCUACCGCAAUGGAGACCGGUACUUCAAGGGUAUUGUGUAUGCUAUUUCCACCGAAAGAUUCAGGUCUUUCGAUGCUCUGCUCGCAGACCUCACCCGCUCCCUAUCAGAUAACAUAAAUCUGCCUCAGGGCGUCCGGACCAUUUAUGCCAUUGACGGGUCGAGGAUUACCAGCAUGGACCAGCUGGUGGAAGGGGAGAGUUAUGUAUGUGGAUCAAUUGAGCCUUACAAGAAUCUGGAAUACACUAAGAAUGUCAACCCCAACUGGUCAGUCAAUGUCAGGACCGCAGCAUCGGCACGAGCGCCCACCUCUCUUGCCAGCGCCAAGCCUGGUUCUGUGGAAACCAAGGAUAACAGGGAUUUCAUUCGACCCAAACUGGUAACCAUAAUCCGCAGUGGGGUAAAGCCUCGGAAAGCCGUGCGUAUCCUUCUCAACAAGAAGACGGCCCACUCAUUUGAGCAGGUUCUCACGGAUAUCACAGAUGCCAUCAAACUGGACUCUGGAGUGGUCAAGAGGCUUUAUACAGUGGAUGGUAAAAUGGUGACAUGCCUUCAGGACUUCUUUGGCGAAGAUGAUAUAUUUAUUGCCUGCGGCCCGGAGAAGUUCCGCUAUCAGGAUGACUUCCUGUUGGAUGAGAGUGAAUGCAGAGUGGUGAAGUCACAGUCCUAUGGCCGUAUUUCUUCAAUGCAGGGCCGCUGCUCUCCCCGUAGUGGUGGACCUUCAAGAAGGAGCAAGUCCCCUGGUUCCAGUAGCUCAGCUAAUGGAACAGCAGGUAGUCAGCUGUCGACCCCACGGUCAGGCAAAUCUCCCAGUCCAUCUCCCACCAGUCCAGCCAGUCUGAGGAGACGAAGGGGCUCUCAGCACAGUGGCUCCUCCCUCUCUCUGGCUUCCACCAAGGUGUGCAGCUCUAUGGAUGAGGGCGAUGGGCCGGGCAGUGAAGCUGAGCUUAUGGAGGAUUGUCCUCAGGUUCCUGCUUCCAUAGCCGAGAGGUACAAGGUGGGACGAAUGAUUGGCGAUGGGAACUUUGCUGUGGUCCGAGAGUGUGUGGAGAGAUCCACAGGCCGAGAGUACGCUCUGAAGAUCAUUAACAAGAGCAAAUGCAGAGGGAAGGAACACAUGAUCCAGAAUGAGGUGUCCAUUCUUCGGAGGGUGAAACAUCCUAAUAUUGUUCUGCUGAUUGAAGAAAUGGACACAUAUAGUGAACUCUACCUGGUCAUGGAGCUUGUCAAGGGUGGCGACCUCUUUGAUGCCAUCACUUCCUCCAACAAAUACACAGAGCGGGAUGCCAGCGGGAUGCUGUAUAACCUCGCCAGCGCUAUCAAAUAUCUGCACAGCCUUAAAAUUGUUCACCGUGACAUCAAACCUGAGAAUCUUCUGGUCUAUGAGCACCAGGAUGGAAGCAAAUCCCUGAAACUGGGAGAUUUCGGAUUGGCAACAGUUGUGGACGGACCACUUUACACUAUAUGUGGCACCCCAACCUAUGUAGCUCCAGAGAUCGUUGCAGAGACGGGGUAUGGAUUGAAAGUUGAUAUCUGGGCAACCGGGGUCAUAACAUACAUAUUGCUUUGUGGCUUCCCUCCUUUCCGUGGGAGCACAGAUGACCAGGAAGCUCUUUUUGACCAGAUUCUGAUGGGACAGCUGGAUUUCCCUCUUCCAUACUGGGACAAUGUAUCUGACUCUGCAAAGGCACUUAUUACCUGCAUGCUACAGCUGGAGGUCGACCAGAGAUACACAGCUCUACAGGUGUUAGACCAUCCCUGGGUCAAUGAUGACAGGAUGUGUGAGAAUCAGCACCAGCUGUCUGUGGCCAGCAAGAUUAAGAAACAUUUCAACGUGGGCCCCAAACCCAACAACACCACAGCAGGAGUCACUGUGUUAGCGACCACCCCUCUUGAUAAGGAGAGGCAGGUUUUCAGACGAAGACGCCACCAGGAUGUGAAAGCGGCUGCUCCCCGCAGCACCCAGAGCACCUUCCCCUCCAGCACCACCGCCGAGUUCACCUCAGAGUCAGAAGACAUUUCCCCAAGCUCGGCCGAGACGGUCCGCUCUCCCACAUCACCGUUUUAAGACCAAACCCCGGUCUUGGCAGGAACCAAUGGAAAAUUAUCUAGAAAUAAAGGUAAAUUGACUUGUGAAUGAUAACAGUUUUUGAAUACGAAUGUUUGUUACGAAGAGCAGAUGUGGUUUUGCGAGGGGCGUAAAAAUAAUAUCACACUCUUAGCCGUUUUUAACAUCCGAAAUGAGAAGCCCUUGCCAUUGUUUAAGAGUUUUCUCUACAUCAUUACAUUUGGUGCUAUGAGGUUUUG